UUAUAGCAUAGAUUUUAAGACCCAAAUAGUGUGAUGGGAUAUUGGGAUGUGAAUGCCGUUGAUCCCUGUAGUUGAAGGAUGGUCACUUGCUCGCGAGAUGGUUCUAUCUCUUGCAUUAUAAACAAAAUGCUUAAGCCCGAGAAGUGGCAGGCUACUUUUGAUAGUGAUGGGAAGGUUUUUGGUUUUCAGAAAGUACUGAAAUUGAUUAUUUUAGGGGGUGUUGAUCCAUCGAUAAGGCCUCAAGUGUGGGAGUUUCUGCUGGGUUGUUAUGCUUUGAGCAGCACCGCUGAGUAUCGUAGGCAAUUGAGGAAUGCCAGGAGGGAACGGUAUAGAGACCUCAUCAAACAAUGCCAAAUGAUGCAUUCAAGCGUAGGAACUGGUUCUCUUGCAUAUGUUGUGGGUUCCAAGGUCAUGGACAUGAGAACCAAUUCCAAAGACGAGGGGAUAAGGGAAUUGGAAAGUCAAAGUAGACAAACUUCUGAUGUUGAUACUAGAAAACUUAGCAAUUACACAAAUGGGAGUAAUAAAUGUAUAGAUACAUCUUGUGCAUGUAAAAGGGAUAGUUCUAGUGACUCUGGUGACCUUUUAAGAGUUAGAGGGAGCACUAAUGGUGCCGCAUACGACUCUUCCGGUUUUCCACCUGCAUCACCUACUUCCAGCACUUUUAAGUGCAGUUCCACGAAACUUGAAAAUGAAGCUUAUGAGUCAAAUUUUCCAUCUGAGAGUUAUUUUGAUUUUCCUCCCUUACCUGUAACCGAUUUAUUUGAGAAGCGAAAGAAAGAUAAGAAAGCACGCUGGUCACUUGAUGACGGCCUCUCCACUCGCCGCAGAUUGAGAUUUGGUGAUGAGCACAUGCACAGUUUUCGAAUUAGUAAUAAUGAAGAUCUGGUUUUUGAAUCAAGCAAUUCUGCACCUAAUGACAUCUUACGUAGGUCAAAUUCUGAGACUGAAGUGGCUUUAGCGGAGAGGCAAAAUCCUGUUUCAUGGUCUGGGAGUUUAGCACAUGAAACUGAGAUGCUUAACAGGCAAGAAAUAUCUGAGGUACCAGAAACUCCUCUGAACAUUCCCUCUUCUCAAGCAGGGACUGGGAGUGAAGACAGAGUGUCUGAAUGGCUUUGGACACUGCACCAAAUAGUUGUUGAUGUAGUGCGAACCGAUAGUCAUCUUGAAUUUUAUGAGGACACCAAAAACUUGGCUCGAAUGUCUGAUAUUCUUGCUGUCUAUGCAUGGGUCGAUCCUAGAACAGGAUAUUGCCAAGGAAUGAGUGAUUUGCUUUCUCCUUUUGUUGUUCUCUUUGAGGAUAAUGCAGAUGCUUUUUGGUGCUUUGAGAUGCUUUUACGGAGAAUGCGUGAAAACUUUCAAAUGGAAGGGCCAACUGGUGUCAUCAAGCAGUUGCAAGCGCUGUGGCAUAUUUUGGAGCUUACAGACAGAGAAAUGUUCUCCCAUCUUUCUGUCAUAGGUGCUGAGAGCCUGCAUUUUGCAUUCCGUAUGCUGCUGGUGCUCUUUAGGCGGGAAUUAUCUUUCACUGACGUACUAUCCAUGUGGGAGAUGAUGUGGGCGGCUGAUUUUGAUGAAUCUUUGGCUUGUCAUCUAGAGGAAAAUUGCCCAGAGCUGUUAGUCAUACAGGUUCCUAGGGACUCUGAAGCAGAAAUUGAGCAAGAAAGUAUUGAGAACAAUCCUAGUGCUUUGAAGGGUGGUUCAUCAUACAAAAAGGGGAAUCUCGAGCACUCCGUGUCUGACAACACAGGGUUGAAGUCUGCAUCGACUCAUCCUUUUUGUGGCUUGGCAAAAACUUUUUGGUCCAGAAAUGAUCGCUUCCAUGUUGGCUCUGCAUUGGCAGCUAUGGGGAACAGUGAUGAUGAAUUACCUGUUUUUUGUGUGGCAGCAAUUCUUAUUAUGAACCGGCAGAAAAUUAUUAGGGAAACACAUUCGAUUGAUGAUUUGAUAAAGAUAUUUAAUGACAAUUUGCUAAAGAUCAGGGUGAAGAGAUGUAUACGUACAGCCAUCAAACUGCGGAAGAAAUACUUCUACAAGUUGAUCAAGACUGGGAGCCCAGCAGCUCGAAGUGUUGAUUAGAAUUUUGUCUUUUUUGACGUAGAAUUUGGUGACAGAACUUAGUCAUAGCUGAUAGCACUUUGACUUGAUACUGGUUGUAGAAGAUUCCAGUUCCUUUGGUUUGCCAAUCGCUUUACAGAAAAAGUUUCUUUCGAAGAGUUUUAGGCGAAGUGCCUCUGGUAGUUGAAGGUUCACUUCUCUGGUUUCCCAAGCCUGUUUCACCUCUACUCGAAAGGUAUCCCUGUUUGUUCCACACUUCUUCCUCAAACCUUGCCAUUUUGAAAUAAACUGUGCUGCUGCUUUUAGGUUUUUUAACUCCAAGUUACAGAGUUACUUUAGCUGUUGAUUAUGUUCACUUGACAUAACUGGUCACUGGGGAGAUUUCAUUGUUUUAUCUCCAGAUUUGUUGCCUUGGUUGGUAGAGCAGUUAUAAAUAUGUUUUUCCAUUCUGGAAUUUGAAUGGAGUGAUAAUUUUUGUGACUCAUGCCCAUUGAUCUUAUAAUAUUUUAAGAAGAAACACUCAUCUCAGUGUGAUUUCUGGCAUAUUUGCUAAAUUUCCGCUUUGUUUUAUUUCCUUUUCAUGGUCCUGAUGCCUCUCAUAUUAAAGACACAGCAUCUGCAUUCCGCAUUAUGUCAUGGGCAUUAAUUGAGGUUAUACUUCUAAUUAAUACUGUGAUGUACUCAAGUUCAGACAGAAAGCAAACAACGGUAUUGUUGAUUUCGCUUGUUGAUCAACUUUAGUAAUCUAGUUUUGUGAAUUUGUGUACUAUUUUUUAAUUAAUUACGUUGCAGCUUUUGGUUUUGAAGCCUUUCCUUGUAUUUUCUCUUUACGCUUACAGCUCACUUUGACCCGAUCGUCAUUGGAGUUCUCAUGUAUUUCUUUGUUUCAUCCAGGUCCUUACGAGUGAAAAGCUUGCUUGCCUUGGUUUGGGCUUUAUCCAGAAGCUUCUUGCCGGUUAGUAGGACAUAGUUUUAUUUUUCUGACAUAUAUAUUGGAGAGCUCCAUUUUGUAUCAGCAUCUUAUGUAAGGCUGACAUUUGAAGAAAUAUUUAUUGAAAUCAAUGAAAAGCAGUUGAUAUAAACAGUUGCCCCCUGAGUGUUAGUAGUACAAAAUUCUCUUUUUUAUCUUAUUAAUAGAUUGGGAUACUUGAGUAGGAGACCUUUCAUAUCUUAUUGUUGGAACCUCUUUAUUUCUUAGACAUUUGCUCGAAUAAACAAAGCAGCUUACAAAACUUAUGAUGAGUAGAACCUACUUGAUGCUUGGAUUGUUUCUAUUUGUAACC